AUGAAUAAGUCAUCAGAGAAGGAAAGGAAUUUGAAUCAUUUAAAUAGUCAGAUAAUUCAGUUAUCUUCUAACUUACAAGACUUGAAUGAACUUGUCAAUAUAACUACUAAUCAGUAUAAGAUAAUUGAGAAGUUAGGAAUAGUUCAUAGUUCGAUAUUCAUUGCUAGUCAGAAAGUCUUCAGUAACGAGAGCGAAGAGUAG